GCGCGGACCGCGCUCUCCGCCCGCAGACUCCGCGCCUGAGCCGUGCGCGCUGGGCACUCGCUUGCCGCCCGCGCACCCGACACAGCGGGGCGCAGCGGGAGCCCGUGCGGGGCGGCAGGCCGUCCAUGCGGCGGCGCUCAGGAAGCACGCGGGGCUGAGGAGGCGGACGCUCCGGGACCAGCCCAGGAGUUGAACCUGCAGAAAACUGGGGACACCUCCGAGCAACCCUUGCCUUAGCCUGGACCUGCAGCAUCAUGGUUUUCCAUUUCACAAGCUGUCUCAGUGUGCUGGGCGCCCUCCUGAUGCUUGGUUCUCAGCUUGUUUGCCCGCAGCCCUCUACUGAACACAGAAAGGUCCCGCAGCGGAUGGCAGUAGCAGAUGGAACCCCAGAGGACAGCAGCGGUGGCUCCCCAGGAGUCUGGGGUUCCUGGGGCCCCUGGUCUGCCUGCUCGCGCAGCUGCAGCGGUGGUGUGAUGGAGCAGACGCGGCCCUGCCUGCCCAGCUCCUACCGUGGCCGCGGAGGCUCGCGGCCCAGUGGCCCUACGCUGCCCUUUGCUGGCCACGUUGUGUCCGCUGUUCGCACUUCAGUACCGCUGCAUCGAAGCCGUGAGGAGCAACGGGCCCUGGUGGGCUCCGACGCCAGCCGCCCAGGCCCCACAGUGGUGCGAGGCAGCCGACACCCGCAGUCCCGGGGCCGAGAACCCUCAGAGAGAAGGAGCAGGACCCGAGGUCCCAUCGGCCCUGGCAAGUAUGGCUACGGGAAGGCUCCCUACAUCUUACCGCUGCAGACGGAUACCACACAUACUCCACAGAGGCUUCGGAGACAAAGGCCUUCAUCCCGGCAUUCCAGGUCCCAGGAGGCAUCUGCUUCUAGGCAGGGCUACAGACCACCAGCCCACCAGUUCUCCCACAACGGACCUCUCUACCAAAGUGACAGUGGCCCUCGUUCUGGACUGCUGGCUUCUGAGGCCUCUAUCUAUCAGCUGCCUCUGACUCAUGAUCAGAGCUAUCCUGUGGCUCCAGGUCUCUUCCACAACCCGGAAUUGAGCAGCAACAGUGGUGCCAGGCCCCAUGGGGCAGCUCAGGCCUUCUCCCAGCCUCUGCGAUCUACAGCAAUCUCAUGCAUCGGGGCCUAUCGGCAGUACAAACUGUGCAACACCAAUGCGUGUCCGGAAAGUGGUAGAAGUAUCCGGGAGGUACAGUGUGCAUCCUACAACAACAAGCCAUUCAUGGGCCGGUUUUAUGAAUGGGAGCCGUUUGCAGAAGUAAAAGGCAAUCGCAAGUGUGAGUUGAACUGCCAAGCAACCGGCUACCGCUUCUACGUACGACAAGCUGAGAAGGUCAUCGAUGGCACCCCCUGUGACCAGAAUGGCACAGCCAUCUGUGUGUCGGGACAGUGCAAGAACAUUGGCUGUGACGACUUCCUGGGCUCCGACAAAGUUGUGGACAAGUGUGGGGUGUGUGGAGGUGAUAACACAGGCUGCCAGGUGGUGUCAGGAGUGUUCAAGCACGCCCUCACCAGCCUGGGCUACCACCGAGUUGUAGAGAUCCCCCAAGGAGCCACGAAAAUUAACAUUACAGAAAUGCACAAGAGCAACAACUAUUUGGCCUUGCGAAGUCGCUCUGGCCGCUCCAUCAUCAAUGGGAACUGGGCGAUUGACCGCCCGGGGAAGUAUGAGGGUGGAGGGACGAUGUUCACCUACAAGCGACCCAAUGAGAUCUCCAGCACUGCUGGGGAGUCCUUUUUGGCUGAAGGUCCCACCAAUGAGAUCCUGGAUGUCUAUAUGAUACACCAGCAGCCCAACCCAGGAGUCCACUACGAGUACGUGAUCAUGGGGAACAAUGCCAUCAGCCCACAGGUGCCACCCCACAGGAGACCAGGAGAGCCUGUCAAUGGGCAGUUGGAGGCCGAAGACAGGAGCCCGGAGGACAGAGAAGAGAGGGAGGAGAACCAGGAGAAGGAAGACUCACGUGGGGAGGCCCCUGAGGUCUUGACGUCGGAAUCCUCGCACACACAGACCUUCCCCGUCAGACAUCCUGAUAGAUUCCCUCCCCACCGACCAGACAACUUGGUGCCACCAGCCGCACAGCCCCCCAGGCGAAGCCGGGACCACAACUGGAAGCAGCUGGGGACAACGGACUGCUCCGCCACCUGUGGGAAAGGAUCGCAGUACCCGAUCUUCCGCUGUGUGCACAGAAACACACACGACGAGGUUCCUGAGAGCUACUGUGACCCCAGCAUGAAGCCGACCCCAGAAGAGGAACCCUGCAACCUCUUCCCCUGCCCAGCCUUCUGGGACAUCGGGGAGUGGUCUGAGUGCAGCAAAACCUGUGGCCUGGGCAUGCAGCACCGCCAGGUCCUCUGCCGCCAGGUGUAUGCCAACCGCAGCCUGACGGUGCAGCCUUACCGCUGCCAGCACCUGGAGAAGCCCGAGACCACCAGCACCUGCCAGCUCAAGAUCUGCAGUGAGUGGCAGAUUCGGACCGACUGGACCUCGUGCUCGGUGCCCUGUGGCGUGGGGCAGCGGACCCGGGAUGUGAAGUGUGUGAGCAACAUCGGGGACGUGGUGCAUGACGAGGAAUGCAACAUGAAGCUCCGCCCAAAUGACAUCGAGAACUGUGACAUGGGGCCCUGUGCGAAGAGCUGGUUCCUCACAGAAUGGAGUGAAAGGUGCUCAGCCGAGUGUGGGGCUGGAGUGAGGACUCGUUCGGUGGUGUGCAUGACCAACCAUGUCAGCAGCCUGCCUCUGGAAGGCUGCGGGAACAACAGGCCGGCGGAGACUACGCCCUGUGAUAACGGGCCCUGCACGGGCAAGGUGGAGUGGUUCUCUGGCAGCUGGAGUCAGUGUUCGGUCGAGUGUGGCAGUGGGACGCAGCAGAGGGAGGUGAUCUGUGUUAGGAAGAAUGCAGACACCUUUGAAGUGCUAGACCCCUAUGAGUGUUCGUUCCUGGAGAAGCCCCCGAGCCAGCAACCCUGCCACCUCAAGCCUUGUGGAGCUAAAUGGUUUAGCACGGAAUGGAGCAUGUGCUCCAAGAGCUGUCAGGGCGGGUUCCGAGUCCGGGAAGUACGGUGUCUGUCAGAUGACAUGACCCCGGGCAGCCUCUGUGACCCCCAGUUGAAACCAGAAGAAAGAGAAUCUUGUAACCCUCAGGACUGUGUCCCUGAAGUUGACGAAAACUGCAAGGAUAAGUACUACAACUGCAACGUGGUGGUGCAGGCGCGCCUCUGUGUCUACAACUACUACAAGACCGCUUGCUGCGCCUCCUGCACCCGCGUGGCCAACAGACACACAGGCUUCCUGGGGAGUCGGUAACACUCCUGCUCUCCUGGGGCUGCAGGCAGGGCACCCGGCUGGUUGCUGCUCCACCGGGGACCCCCACUCUCACCUUCAUGAAGAGCACCACAUGGUCCCCACGAUGUUAGAAAGCCAUGGCUGGCCCUUUGCACAUUGCUCUGUCCUGGGUGAUUCCCUUCCUUGGGACCUGGCACCUGCUAAUGGCGCCCACUGAAAACCAAGCAGCCGAGUGCAUUCAGCUCUCAUCCCAGUGCAGUGCUGGACCACUGGCCAAGCACAGCCUCCUUCCUGGUGCCCCUGGCCUGUCCAGAAUUAGCACUCCUCUGGAAAGUCAAGAGAGGACAGCCUCCCAUCCUAUACCACCAACAAGCCUUGCUGAGACCUGUGCAUCCCUGUUACCUCAGCCCAGCUGUGCCUGUCACCAUUCUUCAUGACAAUAGACUGUUUCCUGCCUCAGGACAGAGGGAUCUCACAGUAGAAAGUUUUCUUGUCUAGCAGGUACUUGCAUUCUCAGACAUUAGCUCACUGGAGGCCUCAGCAUCCUAGAAUGGGAGGCAGGGGUUGAAUAAGUGUUCCCACUUUACUAGCAAGGAAACUGAGGCUCAACUCAGGUAACUGACCUGCCAUUUUGUGGCAGGGCUGAGUGCCUACCUCAGAUGGCUGAGCAUAAUCUUACCCCACGGCACCUCCAGGGACCAGCCUGUCCAUAGGCCUGUAGUCUAAAGAAUGAACGGGGCUUUCUAUCUGACCAGGAGGCUGAGAAGUUUUGCAUUCUGUGAACAGAACCCAGGCUUCUGAAGCCCUUGCUCUGUCCCCAAGUGCUGCCUCAACCAAGUUCUUGGUUCUUUCAAGAUGUCCGCACCCCUGUUCCCCUUCCCUCAGUUGCAGCUCCUGAUGACAGGACUCCGUGGUGUCUGCCAAGUUCCAUCCUCAACAGAACCAUCCCACAAGACAAGAAAGCCACAGGGAGAGCAAGAAGGCGGCCAGCGAUUCUCUGGGCCACUCUGGAGCUGGAACAAACUCCCGAAUCCCACAAGCUCUUGUUCCACCAUCCCUCCUGGGUUCUUCAUGGUGUACCACCUGCCGGAAAGCCAAGCCAGUAGUCCCAGCAAAUCUCCACGUUGCAAAAGGCGGAGUCUUAUUUGGACCUUGUGGGUUGAUUAAAGGGUUUCUCUCUGGUAGUCUCACAUCUCUCCCCUCCCCUCUCCUCCUCUUCCCUUCCCUUCCCUUCCCCCCCCCCCCCCCCCCCCCCGUGACUCAUGACUCUUCCCACAAGACUUGACCAUCAGGAUCCAUUUUAAUGAUGCGGGUCUGGGAGACAGAGCUCUGAAGUCCUCCCCAGCUUCACUGACUCACUUUACCCACCUGUAAUUCCAGAGGCCCCAGGCCUGAAGGGACUCAGUGCAUAUCGAAAGGUGAACCAUCUCCAGGGCUUGGGGGAGACCAUUAAGAGGAAUAUUUGUUUUUCUUAUUUCGGGGCCUAGGCAUGUUUCUCUUAAAGUAAGCACAUACCCUUAGCACAGAGUCCCUCCAUGAGCUCAUUGCCUGCACCAGGCAGUGUGGCAAUCAUUCACAGCCAUGGGGAUAGUGUCACCUGUCUGGUCUGACACACUCUGUCAGGAGCCACUGGCUUUGGCCUUCUGUGAGUGUCUCCCAGCAUCCAUCUCUGCUUGGGAAGCCAGGCUCCACUUCCAUCGGCAACUCGGCCUCUCCUGGUGUUCAUGAGGCACGCAGAUACACAGCCAGGCAGAGACCACGCUUCCCAUGCUAAGCACGAAGAGAAGCCACCGCACACACGGUUUCUGUCCGGUUCCCUCCCGGCCCCUCUCACUGCAUGCUUUUGCUCAUCCCAGGUAACUUUUCCUUGGUACGGCCAUUCUCAGAUCUUGCUGGACAAGCCAGUCAUUUGAAGGAUUCCUUGGAAGGUAUUUGUGUACCUGCCAGAGGGUAAGGCAUGCAUGGUCUGUGGGUUAGCUCCAGGGAGGGAAAAUGUCCUCACAGCUGAAGCCACACAGUGGACUACACAGGGACUAAAGAACUUCUCUGUGGAGAGUGAGCAUCCUGGUCCUUCCAACUCACAAAUUCUCGGGGCUGGGCUGGGUUGAUGAUGGCUCUGUCUGUCCUGUGUCUCAGACAUCACCUCAUAGUUCUCAGGAAGGGCCAUGAUCCUCCUGUGGAGUGGGAGUAGGUCAGAGCCAAGGGGUCAGGCCCUGGUCUUCAGGCAAAAAAAGAAAAGAAAAAAGAAACACUUCACCUGAGUUCAAUGGAUUUUUCCAGAAAAAUGAGCUGUGCUCAGGAGUUCAGUCCCCUUUUAAAGGUUAUAGAUUUCUAGAAUGGGGUCGAUUAACCUCUUUGUUGCAGAAGGCCAGUCUGGCAAAUGUCUUGGUUUCAUCUUCCAUCACCUGUACGGCUUUUCUCCCUACCACAGUGUGUGCAGUGGGGCCUUGGGGAUCCCCAGUGAUCACCAAGGAAGGGAUGCCUGUCCCCGAAGAUGGCUCUUUAUCUGCCAUCUCCUUCUCGGGACUCUCCACAUUCCCUUCAUUGGCUGUGAUGUGGAAUUGAAAUUUAUAUUUCAAUACUGAUUAUCUCUCCUCCCCCACCCCCCGCCGUGUGCCAGAGGGCCACAUCCCCAGCUCUGAAUGAAAAAUUAGAUAAAUUAAAGCUUCUGUGUAGUCUUUCUCAACAAAAAAUCAACAAAGCCCCAAAUGAAAAGCGUGUGCUGUUUCUCUUUCACUGAGUGGAACAAAAGAACCUUUCUUGCAGCCCUUGUGGAGUCGAUUUCAGUUUACCUCCCAGGGCCUGCAGGAAAUACGCCAUCCGACCGCUAGAGGGAGCAGUUCCCUUCUCGUAAACCAUGCUCAACCUCCUAAGAAGCCCGGGAGCUUUGCUAGUCUCUGGCUGGCUCCGGGAGGGAGUUCUCACCGCUGCCUCAGCUGCUCCUUUGCAUUACUUGUCGGCCCAGGAUUUCUGGGUUUUGUCUUCCCUCCUUGCUGUUAGUGCGCAUCAUCUAUUUGUUCUCUACGCGUUUACACCCAACGCUCUCUCUCCAAAAGGUAGCUUUCCAGAGGGCUGGAAAGUGGGAGGUGCUAGCUUAACUUGUUGUGUGGUGUGGAGAACGCCAGAAACUGCUAACACCUGUCCAAGACAGUCUCCUCGUCUUAUUCAUUAGCUGUCUUCGCGCUGGCAUGUGAGUUUUCCUAUGUAAAUAUGAGGAACAGAAUGAAAGACUACAUCACAACUGGGCGCAGGUGGAGGCCGGCAUCUGAUCCUUGCCAGAUAAAACAGUGUGUGUGUGUGUGUGUGUGUGUGUGUGUGUGUGUGUGUGUGUGUGUGUGUGUGUGCGUGUGUGUGGCUUAGAUGUCUUAGGAGAAAACUGGCCGAUGCCCUCACCUCAGAGAGCCAAACGCUUAGGGGCAGAGGAGUCUGGAAAGAGUUAUUAAAAAUAAAAAGUGAAGAGAAAGCCCAGAUCUCAACAGUUCACUGGGAAGCAGCUAACGCCUAUCUUUGGAUUAAAAGAAUAACUGGGUAGUUGAAAGGGAAGAAUUUCAGCUAAGUUCAAAGUGAGUCAAGAAAGUGGGGAGGAAGCGCCAAAAUAUAAAUGGCCCCUGGACUAGUGAGUCUGCUCUGUAAGCAUCGUGCCUCAGCGGCAACAUCCAAGGCUCAGAACCCACAUGCAAAAUGCCGGAUGUGGCGCCACUCACUUGUGAUCCCAGCAUGGGAGAGGCGCAGCCGGGUGGAUCCCUGGGGCUCACUAGGUGGCCAGCCCAACCUACUUGGCAAGUUCCAGGCCAGUGGGAGACGGUGUCUCAGAGAAAGCAUUGUGGAUGUCACCUGAAGAACAACCCUUGGUGCCGUCCUCUGACCACCACGCACGCACACAUGUGUGUCCGUGUAGAAGCCAUUCCACAAGCCACCAAGGCCACAGAGAAAACAUGGGCGGGAGUCAAGAUACGUGUGUCUUUAGGAAGACUACUGCUCAUGUGUCACGUUCAGGUGGGGUUUUCCAACCCUGAUAAAGAGGACAGACCUGUUAGACACAGUGCGGGGGACUUCUGAGGUGUGACAUUUGCAGACGAGACUCCCUGAGAACCCUCAGUGAAACAGAAUAACAAACUUCUGCCAGCUAGAACCGUCUGUGGGUGCAGGGAUGCUGGAGACGGUAGCCUCUCCUUAGAGGUGGCAGUGGAGACGGGAUGGGUAUGUCAGAAUGUGGGACGGGAUCUGGAUAUCUUUCUUGGCAACAUGCUGUUCAAGGUCAUCUCUAAGUCCAGGAUUCUGUGGCUCUCCACGUGACACAGCUCUGAGUGGUACAUCUGCUUAGAGGCGGCCAGUGACUGCUCUCCUUCAUCUUGUUCUUAACCGCUGCCACCUUGUCACCAUUUGAAACCCAUCAGUGCCCCUUCCUGUGAGUAGCAUGUGGCCUCAUAUCGCAGCCACUGGCAGCCUGGUCAGAGCUGUCUCCAUAUGUGUGCUUCACAAAAAAAAAAAAAACA